AUGGGCGAGCAUAAUCUCCUUAAUCCUGGGUUUGUGGGACCUUUGGUAAACAUCCACACUGGAGAUACGUUUUACUUCCCGAAUUUUAGAGCCUCGGGGGGACAACUGGCGGGGUUACCAUCUCUCUCGUACCCAAGAAGGGACAAUGUGUGCUCCCUCCCAUGGAAUCCAUCGGAGUCGUGCAAUGGAUAUCCUCAGUCUUACUUUGGCAGCCCUCUGUCCAUUAAUCCGUCUUUCAACCGAUCUUGUGCUGAAACAGCCCGACCGGAGGAGAAAUGUUAUUAUGGCGGCAGCGGCGGCAACAGAGAGGCUUGCUCGGACGGCACAGUCAGCCUAAAACGAGAGGAGAGAACAAGGGAGACAUCAGUAUCAUCAGAUCACGGGGUGCACAAUGGGAUGGGCAAUAGUAGUACCUUCAACAAGUAUGACUAUGGCACCGAACAUCUGACCCCAAACCCGCCGUCAUGUCAGUCUCUCGAAUCCGAUUCCAGCUCCUCGUUGCUCAAUGAUGGAGGAAAAAGCACGGCAAGCGAUACACAAACCCUGAUAUCUCCCGCAAAUCACACGAGCAAUAUCUCAACAGGAGGAGGUGCCCCGUGGUAUCCUAUGCACACCCGAACCCGCAAGAAACGAAAGCCCUAUUCUAAAUUGCAACUGGCCGAGCUGGAGGGCGAGUUCAUGCUAAACGAAUUCAUCACUCGGCAACGGCGGAGGGAGUUGUCAGACAGGCUCAGCCUUAGUGACCAACAGGUUAAGAUCUGGUUUCAGAAUCGGAGAAUGAAGAAGAAGAGACUGUUGCUGAGGGAACAGGCCUUAACCUUCUUUUAAGCAGUCGUUUAUUAGUAGCCCCACACCAAUCAUCCACUGUGGAUAAUAUUAAAACAGCUCAGUAUUAUUCUCAAUAGUCUUUAUUUUUAAGGUUUGAUAUUUAUGCAUUUUUGCUUAAAAGCAAAAUGCAUAAGAAAGCAGAAAUUAUUUCAGGGAAGGAGACCAAAUGUUUGCAGGAAAAAAGCUCUGUUGAUAUGACACUUUGUAUUGUAAUAUAGGCUAUGUAUUAAAGUGGAUGCAGUGUU